AGUCCGAUAGUUGAGUUGCGAUCUUCGUCGUGAGCGGACGCACAAGCAAAGUGCCGGUGUAAUCGUCUUAGCGGAGUUUUAUUCUGAGAAGUAAAUUCCUAAUUAGUGAGAGUGAGUAAGCGCGCGAGUUCGUGAAAUUAUUUGGACCAAGGGAAGAACUGUAAUGGGGAUGGAGAAGCGAUCGCGUACCGUUCCGGCGAGAAGAAGAAGAAGAUGGUCCAUACAGGCCAACAUGUGGAUCUUGCCGCUACUGAUUUGCUGCGGGAUGCUGAUCGAGCGUGUCCAGAGUCAAGGCUUUUCAGUGAUUGGACCGAAAACUAUACGGCCAUACAGUACCUAUUCAGUGGCUUUCAGCAAUUCUGUCAAUAAAAAUGUUCACUUAAAUGUAAUCCUCGAGGAUCAAAAUAACCCCUCAGAAUUUAGUCUUAAAAAACUCGCAGUCGUUAACAGAAGAACAGUCAAAAAAAUUGAUUUUGAUAUAGGAAAUAUCACCAGCAGUGAAUAUCAGUUGCUUGUUCAAAGUGCAGAUCGCACAUUUAGCUUUGACCAGAGGGUAGAGCUUCUAUAUGAACCAAAAACUAUGUCGGUAUUCAUACAAACGGACAAACCGGUGUACACCCCGGGAGAUCUGCUACGUUUUCGGGUAAUCGUGGUGGAUGCUGACACUAGACCUGUGACUAGUAUUAAAACGGUAAAUAUAGCGAUCGACGAUUCUGCAGAAAAUUCCAUUCGAAAGUGGCCUUAUGCCAAGUUGUUAAACGGCGUCUUUGAGUCACAAGUUCAAUUAGCUUCUUCGCCUGUUCUUGGCACCUGGAGUAUCACCGUAAAAGCUUCCGACGACAUCAUUGUCACCAAACAGAUAGAAGUUAAGGAAUAUGUGUUGCCAAAAUUUUUCGUGAAAGUUUACCCUUCGGAGGUUCUAUUAGUACAAAAUGAGAAGGUUUCUCUUACCUUGGAGGCCUAUUACACGUUCAAAGAACCCGUUGACGGCAAUUACAAAGUUGAGUUGUUCUUGGACCAUACCAAGAGAAAGCCUGACUUCAUAAAAAGUGAUCGAAUCACCGGUAAAACUUCACUUGAGUUUCAAUUGAAAAAUGAAGUAGACAUUGAUGGCGACGAGCAGUACACUGAUGUCACGGUUAAAGUUGAAGUUGUCGAGACAUUUUCUAAUCGCACAGUUAGUAUAACUGAGAAAAUUCCAAUUUAUCGUCAGCCUUAUGCCGUGACCCUUCUUCCAUCUGCACCAUCAUUUCGACCAGGAGUUCCAUUUGAUGUAAAAAUAUUUGUGAAAGAUCAGCUUGGACACCCUCCUCCCGAAGAAAAUACGGCGUCAAUUGACCUUACUGUAGAGUUUCAUUUGCCUACAGACAGUGACACCAAAUCUUUAACUGUGGAUCUGGACGAGAAAGGAACAGGUCAGUUCAUAUUAUUGCCCCAUCCAAACGCCCAGGAGCUGAAAGUGACGGCUACAUAUGACUCUCAAGAAUACGAAGUAAUUCACGAUCCGAUACAUGGUUUCAGUUCGCAAAGUAAGCAGUACAUCAAAGUAACUCUGAAUCCAAAAUACUAUAACAACAUUAAAGUCGAUAAGGACAUCGUACUGGACAUCUCCUGCACUGAAACAAUGACGCACUUCUCGUACAUCGUUGUCACCAAAGGAAACAUAGUGGAGGCAUCGAACGUUCCUGUCGCGAAAAAAAAGAAACAUUCUCUGAGGUUGAAAAUGACUUCAAAAAUGUCUCCGGAGUCGAGGCUUCUAGUGUACUAUACAAACAGGGAGUAUCUCAUCUUUGAUGAUAUAGAGCUGAAGUUCGAUUCGUUCAACAACGACUUCAAAUUCGAUUUGAACGAUGAUGAGUAUUUUCCAGGGCAAUCAGUUUACAUCGAUGUAUACGCUUCAAAGGAUUCAUACGUUGCGUUCAGUGGAAUCGAUGAAAGUGUACUCCUGGUAGGCAAAGAACGCCAUGACUUCAACAAAGGAGAUGUGCUCAAGGAACUCGCUCUUUACGGAGCAACAAAUGAUGCCGAGUUUGACUUGUUCCACAAAUAUGGAUUGUUCCUGAAAUCUACUGCUACCGUUGAUACUCCUGUAACUCGCUCACAGAAUGCACGAUUUGGUACUCUACUAGGCAGGACGAAGCAAGCGAUUGAAAUUCGAACUCAAUUCCUAGAAUCCUGGUUAUGGAAAUCCUUUUCCAUGGAUGGUCGAAACAACUUCAAAGCAAUAGAAGACUCGGUUCCGGAUACUAUUACAACGUAUCACGUGUCAGGAUUUGCUUUAAGUCCAACACUAGGUCUUGGAGUAAUCCAACAACCAGUGAGUUUCACCGUUCGUAAAAAAUUCUACUUGGUUGCAAAUUUGCCUUACUCGAUCAAACGGGGUGAAGUGGCGUUGAUUCAGGUUACCGUUUUCAACUUCCUAGGAAGCAGCGUCACAACCGAUGUGACGCUGUUCAAUAAACGUGAUGAAAUUGAGUUUGUCGAGAAAGCAUCCACUAAUAAUACACAUCGAACAAAGGCGGUAAUUGCCCCGAACAACAAUGGGAAACCUGUAUCAUUUAUGGUGAAAGCGAAGAAAUUAGGGCAGAUUGCGAUCAAAUUCCAGGCGGAAAACUUGCUGGAAACGGAUGCAUUAGAGCACAUGUUACGAGUAACCCCAGAGAGCCAUCGCUAUGAGAAAAAUGUAGCUCGAUUCAUUCAACUACCAACGCAUUCAAAAGUACCUUUCGAUGUGAAGCUGGAUAUUCCGAAAAAUAUCGACGAGGGUUCUGCUCAAAUCAAAUUCACUUUAGAUCCGGACAUUUUGGGAACGACCAUUAGCAACCUGGACGGGUUGAUCCGGAAACCAUCUGGAUGCGGCGAACAAAAUAUGCUCCAUUUUGUGCCAAAUAUAGUCGUUUUGGAUUAUCUUAACGAAACCAACACAGCGGCAGAAGAUGUGAGGACCAAAGCGAUAAAUUUUCUUAGCAGCGGAUAUCAAAACCAGCUACGCUACAAACGUUCAGAUGGGGCCUUCAGUGUCUGGGGACAAUCGCAUGCUGGCAGUACAUUUUUGACGGCUUUUGUGGCGAAAUCAUUCAAAAUAGCAGCCAAAUACAUACAGGUGGAUAAGUCUAUAGUAGACGCGGCAUUCGACUGGUUAGCGAAACAACAACAAUCAGAUGGACGGUUCCCAGAAGUGGGGCAAGUAAUCCAUGCAGAUAUGCAGGGUGGACUUCGUAAUAACGGUUUUGCGCUCACCGCGUAUGUUCUGAUCGCUUUUGCUGAAAAUGAGGAAGUAUACAGAAAAUACCGAUCACAGCUGAUUAAAACUACUAGCUAUAUAGCAAAUAAUCUUGAUAAUAUGGAGAAUCCAUACGACCUCUCGCUGUCUACUUAUGCGUUGAUGCUAGCAAAUCAUGGCAAGCGCACCGAGUUUCUUGAUAAACUGGUCGAAAUUUCAAUAUUUGACAGCAAUCAAACAGAGAGAUAUUGGGACAGCAAACCAGUUGAUAUUGAAGUUGCUGGAUAUGCUCUAUUGUCAUACGUAGCUGCCGGUGACUUAUUGCAUGCUACGCCUAUCAUGCGGUGGCUCAACAAGCAGCGUUAUGGUCUCGGAGGCUUUCCUGGAACUCAGGACACAUUCGUUGGAUUGAAAGCAUUGGCAACGUUCGCUGCGAAGGUAUCUAGUGGGAGAAACGACUAUCGUGUAACGAUAAUUCACGAACCAAAUCGUCGACGUACAUUCGACGUAGACAGGCACAAUGCGUUUAAUAUUCAAGAGCUUGAUAUUCCUAAUAACAUCAGAAAAAUGCGGGUGGAAGUCGUAGGCAUCGGCAACGGCUACUUCCAAGUGGCAUAUCAGUACUAUCAAAAUAUUCAGGUGGCUAAGCCCAGUUUCAGUCUUACAAUUGAUCAACUCAACACCACGACGGAACACAUGCAGCAAUUGGACGUGUGUGUGAAAUACAUACCAAAAGAGGCUUAUCAAAAAUCGAAUAUGGCUUUGGUGGAAAUAUUCUUGCCUAGUGGGCUUGUAGCAGACUCAGAUGCCAUUACGGACAAGACUGGAGGAAUUCGAAGAAUUGAAAGACGUUUUUCGGACACCUCAGUAGUUAUAUAUUAUGAUAAUUUGGGCCCCGAAGACGAGUGCUUCCGAGUGACUGCUUAUCGUCGGUAUAAAAUUGCAUUGCACUUGCCAUCAUAUAUUAUAGUUUAUGAUUAUUAUAAUUCUGAGCGCUUUGCCAUUCAACAGUACGAGGGAAAGGUGCUGCAGCUCUGCGAUAUUUGCGAAGAUGAAGACUGCGAAACUUUAUCAUGUGAAAAUAGCUCGAAAUAGGAUGCAAUAAAGUAAAAUGUGUUCAUAUUGAAAUUGAAACAACUAACA